UCACAACAACAAUACGAUGGGGAAUGCGCGGAUUUAAAUCAUUCUCGAUCGAUCCGGCGUGGGAAGGGAAAGGGUAGGGGAGGGGAGGGUAAAGGGGGAUACAGUAUGCGCAGAUUGCAGAUAGAAUGUAGGGCUGUCAAGAGGAGAAUACAGGAACAAUGCCCAUCCAGCAUUCACUUUCCUUCAAAGGUCCGGCAAUCCCUGUGGAGGAAAUACCUUAAAUGUUUGGAGGAUCGCGGCGGCGCGGGUGGUCCAAGCUUUGGGUUGCAGAGAAAGUCACACUGUCACAGAGAGACAAAAGAAGUGCGCAAAGUGCGUGUGCCCAGAGACUGCCGGCAGUGGCCCCAGCAGCCAGAAGGAGAGAAGCGUCCGGCCGCCAUUUCUUCCGGGGGAGCAGCCCGUCGCCCUUUUAACCCUGCCCGCCCGUUGCCGGCGCCCGCUAAAAAUACACUUUGCUUUUGCUGGCUCUUCCUCCCUCCGACCAGUCAUUAUUCUUUCUUCUCCUGCCACUCUCACCAGUCCCAGGUACCUACUACCUAAGUACCUACCCCCAGGCUCACCUGUCUACUCUACUCCGUACUCCGUCCCCCUUCAUCAUCAUCAUGACUCCUUUGGCUCACUCCAUCCCCCCCGAUCAGGGUCUCUGCUUUGUAUCACUUUAUCCCCUUGAACACUACACAGUAAUUUUUCUUUGUCCCCUCUAGGACAUGUCCCUCUGGCAUCAAUCCAGCCAGGUCGCACAUAGCCGCUCAUCUGGUCCAUCCCUCCGAUCGUCCGAUGAUGGCAUCCACCCCCCCUGGGGG